AUGGGGCAAAGACCCCAGGACCUGCCAAGAUCUCUUGCACACAGCCCCUCCUUAGCCCCUCUGCCUGAGUACCUAUCCACCUUGGCUCUGGAAGUGGUCCUGGAGGAGGCUGGCUGCCCAACUGAGGCCCACAUUCUGCAACUUGAGCUUGUGAGGAUGGGAGGAAAGGACACCACCAAAACCCUCAUCCAUGAGAGUAAAAAGCACAUCGAGGAAGAAGGGCACUCUGUUCCAGAUAUGCGUGGCCUCAGACUCAUGAUACCAGUUGAGCUGCUCGUUUGCUACCUCCUGCUAGGCCCUGCUCAUGCUGCUCCACAUGGAAACCAGACAAAUGUCCUGAGGCUCCUUCCCUCAGCCUCGGGAUCCUGGCCAUCUUCCUCAGACCCCUUGUCCUGCCAGACCCUGCUCCCAAAGUCCCUGCCUGGCUUCACCCACAUGGCCCCUCUACCCAAGUUCCUCAUAGGCCUCUCACUGAUGAUCGCCUUGGAGGAAGCUGGUUGCCAGGCUGAUGUACGGGCCCUGCAGCUUCAGCUCGUCCGCGAGGGCGGUGUAAACGCUACACAGAUCCUCAUCAGACAUCUUCAAGGGCUGGAGAAAGGAAGAAGCACAGGGAGGGCGGUGUCAGCGGAUGCCCUGGUCUCUGCUCUGCAGCUGUUGGCCAGGGAGCAGCCAGGCCAAGAGAGGGCCCGGCGCUCCCUCCCCAACAAGGACUGUGAACACGAGCAGGAGCAAAGUGUGCACAAUAUAGUUCAGCUGUUGCCAGGAGUUGGAACCUUCUACAACCUGGGCACAGCUUUGUAUUAUGCUGCUCAGAACUGCUCCGACAAGGCCAAGGAACGAGGUCAAGAUGGGGUCAUAGAUCUGGGUUAUGACCUUCUAACAACCAUGGCUGGACUGUCAGGAGGGCCCACAGGACUAGCGAUCAGUGCUGCACUGAAACCUGCAGUGAAGGCCGGAGUUCAACGCUUGAUCCAGUAUUACGAUGAAAAACAGGCAAACACUCCUUUGCCAGAGACCAGCGAGGAGCGCUUGAGGGGCACCUCAGGUGUGGGUGACCUGGAAGAAACAACUACCAUGACCCCUUUGGUGUCAGAAGUAGUAACUCCAACUCCUUCCUGGGGGUGGGCUGUACAUACAACAAGCAGUGGUUUAAGACUCUGGGAUGCGAGUCUUGGGAUGUAAAAGAAGGUAGUAAACACAGAGUGAAUAAAUCUAAUAUUCUGACAA